UAAAUUUAUUCAGAUUCGAUUUUGCGAUUUUGAUAAGCUCUUGCGAAUUAUAAUUUGUGCGUAGAACGUUGUGGCGUCUGUAUACACAUAUCUCGUCGAACAAAUGCACUUGGCCAUUAAUAAAAUCAUCGAAACCCGUCUCGUAGACGAUGAUUCGCUAAAAAUUGUGAUAUCUAAAAAGUUAUACUUCUACGCCGAAGAAGCUUAUGAGUUAGGUUACUUGAAUGAUGCAAGACGGCAUCAUCUGACUGCAAUUACAGCAGAUAAGAGUGAUCCCGAAGCAUGGACAAAGUAUGCGACUUUCCUUUUAAAAAUUGGCGAUACGGAGCGCGCAAAAGAGAGCUGUCGCGAAGCGAUUCUCUCAGAUAGACGAGAUAAAAUCGCUUUAUUAAUGUAUGGAUUAAUUCUCGCCGGAGAGCAAAAUUAUCGGGAAGCCGAAAUCUUUUUGCGAGCUGUUACCGAUUUCCACCCGCGAUUCGUCGAAGGUUGGGUCAUUUUACACCUGUUUUACAUUCACACGGAUUAUACUCCAGGAAUAGAUCUCGCUUUGCGCAUAGCAGAAAAUUGUAUGCAAGAUAACGAUAGAGAGAUGGAAAUUUCGAAUAAAGAUGCCUUCGCUUGGACAACAAUCUGCUGUCCGCGAGAUAGCGUCUAUAUGAUAACAGCUGUGUUACUAAUGAAGCUGUAUCUCUGUGACUUUGCUAACGUAGCAUUAGCAGAAGAAAUUUUGCGAGCCAGCAGAAUCACCUACGUGCUAUAUUACUUAGCUGUGCAAUCUUAUUUAUUGCACCAAUACGAAGAUGCUUUGUCGUAUUUAACAGAAGCCGAAAAUAAUUACGAACUGGUUAGUUCAUUUUGUUCAAUUAAUUUUCAUUUAACAUUGCGGAACAUGUCUUAUUGUUAGCCGUUUCUUUCUUUCGAGAUUGUGAUUUUAUCUCCGCAAUUAUGAAUUUGUGGAAUAACAAAAUUAAUUAAUUUAAACAGAGAAUACAUGAAUAAU